CCGUGAGCCAUUGACAGGAACAAUGUUGGCCGCACGAAGGACAGCGACGGCGAGGUCGACCUUGUUGUCUCUGCCCACUCCGCUCCGCACCCACAUCGCCUCCUCCCGCACUCUGGCCACGGCCACCGACGCCUCCGUCACACCCGCUGCUUCGUCCGUCGAGAGUCGCACGCCUCCUUACGCCAAACUCCUCCAACGUCUCCAAUCCGUACGGCGCCUAUUGCCUACUCGACCUCUCACGCUCGCUGAAAAGAUCCUCUUCUCCCACUUGGACAAUGCCGAAGAAUCUCUCCUUCAAGGCACCAACAAUGGAAAGGACAUCCGCAGCAAUGCCACUCUCAAGCUCAAGCCAGACCGCGUGGCAAUGCAGGACGCCAGUGCUCAGAUGGCCUUGCUGCAAUUCAUGAGCUGUGGCAUGCCGACGACGGCCGUGCCUGCGAGUAUCCACUGUGACCACAUGAUUGUGGGCGAGAAGGGGGCGGACAUUGAUGUGCCGAACAGCAUCAAGGGCAACAAGGAAGUCUAUGACUUUCUGGAGAGUGCGGGCAAGAGAUAUGGCAUUGAGUUCUGGCCUCCUGGUGCCGGUAUCAUUCAUCAGACGGUACUCGAGAACUACUCUGCACCAGGACUGAUGAUGCUGGGCACGGAUAGUCACACACCGAAUGCAGGAGGCUUGGCUGCUAUUGCCAUUGGCGUUGGAGGUGCCGAUGCUGUGGACGCUCUUGUCGACGCGCCAUGGGAAUUGAAGGCGCCCAAGAUUCGUGGUGUCAGGUUGGAAGGCAAGCUGAGUGGCUGGGCUUCACCAAAGGAUGUCAUUUUGGCUCUGGCUGGCAAGUUGACAGUGCGCGGAGGGACGGGCUACAUUACAGAGUACUUUGGACCAGGUGUCGCAUCACUGUCAUGUACUGGCAUGGCUACCAUAUGUAAUAUGGGUGCCGAAGUGGGCGCCACGACAUCCAUCUUUCCCUACACGCCGGGUUCGCACGACCCCUACCUACAAUCGACACACCGUGGAUCAAUUGCCAAGGCCGCCAAUGCCAUUGCACAAUCUCCUGAUACCAGCAAUCUUCUGGCUGCCGACUCCAACUGCGAAUACGACGAGGUUGUCACGAUCAACUUAUCCGAAUUGGAACCACAUAUCAAUGGACCGUUCACGCCAGAUCUUUCCACUCCUCUGUCCAAGUUCAAAGAAGCGGUGCAGAUGAACAAGUGGCCAGAGACCUUCGGAGCUGGACUCAUCGGAAGUUGCACCAACAGCUCAUACGCAGACAUGACUCGUGCAGAAUCAUUGGUGCAGCAAGCACAAGCCGCUGGUCUCAAGCCAAAGGCCGACUUUUUCAUCUCUCCCGGCAGUGAGCAGAUUCGUGCUACGCUGGAACGCGACGGCACACUUGAGACGCUCCAAGAAGGCGGAGGUCUUGUUCUCGCAAACGCUUGUGGACCUUGCAUUGGCAUGUGGUCGCGCACAGACGGUGUCAAGAAAGGCGAAGAUAACGCCAUCUUCACUUCAUACAACCGUAAUUUCCCUGCCCGGAACGAUGGAAACCGUAAGACCAUGAACUUUCUCGCCUCUCCCGACCUUGUAACAGCAAUGUCUUAUGCCGGCCGAACGGACUUCAACCCGAUGACCGACAGCCUCACCACCCCCUCUGGUGAAAGCUUCCGCUUCCAGCCACCCAAAGGCACGGAACUCCCCUCUCUCGGCUUCGCGGCAGGAAACCCCAUGUUCCGCCCCACAGAACCUGUCCCCAACCCCAACGUCUCCAUUGCAGUGGAUCCUGACUCUACCCGCCUCGAACUUCUGGAACCGUUUGCUCCCUUCCCCGAAGGCGAACUCUCUGGCCUGAAAGUCCUCGUCAAAGUGAAGGGACAAUGUACCACCGAUACCAUCUCCGCCGCCGGUCCCUGGCUCAAAUACAAAGGUCAUCUCACCAACAUCUCCGAAAACACCCUCAUUGGAGCGGUGAACGCCGAAACAGGUGAAGUCAACCAGGUCUCGGACGUCGACGGCGCACAAUACACCAUUCCCGAGCUCGGCAAGAAAUGGAAAGCCCAAAACCAACCGUGGCUCGUAGUCGCUGAACACAACUAUGGUGAAGGAUCUGCCCGGGAACACGCGGCGUUGCAACCUCGAUUUCUCGGUGCUCGCAUCAUCCUCACCAAAUCGUUCGCGCGUAUCCACGAAACGAAUCUCAAGAAACAGGGAGUGAUUCCUUUGACGUUUGAAAAUGAAGCGGAUUACGACAAGAUGGCGGGAUGCGAUGAAGUUUCCACCGAGGGACUGUACGAUGUGUUGCAAGGGGGAAACGGCAAGAUCUCGUUGAUUGUGAAGAAGAAGGAUUCGGGAGAGACGUUCAAAGUUCCUGUCAAGCAUACCUUUUCGCCCGAUCAGAAGAGCUUUAUCCUCGCCGGGAGCGCGUUGAAUUUGUUGGCGAAGAAGGGACAGAUGAAGGCUUAAGCAGGGGAGAAAACUCGUGCUGAGUCCCGAGAAGAGAGUGGAAGAUGAAACGAUGUACAUGCUACUUGCUUGAAUAGGGAAGAUACCCAAUCUAGGGAAGAAAAGGCGUUUCUGGCGCGGUGAUCAUAUCAAAAGGCGUGUGGCAAAAAUGGAAAAACGGAGGCAUAAGUCAGGUUUGCUGCUGUACUGUACCAAAUCAGUGAGCUGGCUUGCAUCUACAGUAAUAUAUUCAC